AUGGCCGCCAUGCCCAAUGCGCCUGCCACUUUCAAGCAGAAGCUCGCCGUCGCUCACUAUGUAUUUCUGUGGCUAGUCUGCCCGAUCAUGUCGCUAUGGGUGCCCCUCUACCUGCUAACUACGAACAUCUGGCCGCUGGUGCUGGCCUAUUUUGGCUGGAUGUUCCUCGACUACUCGACGCCCCGGAAGGGAGGAAGGUCUUGGAAAUGGUAUCAGCGCCUUUCUCUAUGGCAGCAUUUCCGCGACUACUUUCCGUUGCGAAUGGUGAAGACAGCUGACCUGCCGGCGGAUAGGAAUUAUAUUCUCGGGUCUCACCCGCACGGCGUUCUGAGCUUUGGGAUCUUCGGCAAUUGCCUGACAGCAGCCAGCGGGUUCCGUGAACAAUUCCCGGGAAUUCAGCCUUCGGUCGCCACCCUUGACGGUCAAUUCAAAUUUGCUUUGCGCCGCGAUUUUGCGAUGGGCAUGGGAGGUGUCUCGGCUGCUCAAGAAUCAAUCUCGUGGCUUCUGCAGAACCCCGGCAAGGGCCGUGCAGUGGCUGUGGUCGUUGGUGGGGCCGAGGAGGCUCUCGAAGCCCGUCCAGGUGCUACUCGUUUGCGUCUUGUCAAGCGUUACGGAUUUGUGCGAUUGGCUAUCCAAUAUCAUUGCCAACUGGUCCCUGUUUACCACUUUGGCGAAAACGAUCUCUAUGGUGAUAACGGGACCGAGGACAACACUCAUCUUCGCAGCUUGCAGACAAAAAUCAAGUCCGUCUUCGGGUUCGCCCCUCCACAGCUCCGCGGCACCGGUCUCUUCACCUCCUUCGGUCUCCUCCCCAAGCGCCGCCCGGUCACCUCGGUCUUCGGAAGCCCCAUCGAGUGCAAGGUUCACGGCCACGAAUAUGGCACCACCCCCGAUUUGGCAGAUGUGGAGCGCGUGCACGCCACCUAUUGCGAGCAGCUGAACGAGCUGUUUGAGACGCACAAACUUGGUCACGGCUACUCGGAGGAGGCCAAGCUUGAAUUCUUC